AUGGCCUCCAUUACAACUGCUGCUGAUGCCGGCCAGCGAUGUUGUCCUCUCCGUCCAGCCUUCCUGCGGACGGACUCAUUGUUCUCCAAGCCCCUCAAGGCCUUGAAGGCAAAUAAGACCGCAAGCGCCAUCUCAAGGGGCACUCCCGAGGUGGGACCCUCUGCUGUCUGCUUUCCACCCCUGCAAAAAGGCGAGACUGUGUCCGUCGUCACGAGCUCAUCAAUCUUACUUUCCUCCGUUCCUCACCUCUACCGUCUCGCCAACUUCCCCGUUGUCAUUCAUGUCGCUCUGGAGCCCACCCCGUUUCCCGAUUACUCAGUAAUCAGCUCCAUCCGCCAAUGCGGCUUCACAUUCUUGCACUCCGAGACUGUACAGGAAGCUCAGGAUAUUGCCAUUACCGCCCAUGCGCUGGCGCUCAAGUCUGGAAAGGGUGUUAUCCACUUCUUCGACCCCGCCAACUCCGCCAAGGAUCCCGCUAUUACUGCUGAGGACACCGAUGUUGUGAAGAAGAUUCUCAACCUGGGUGGAAAUGUUGCGACUCACACUUCCUCCGGUACCGAGACUCUGUACGCCGAGUCUAGCCGCGUUGCUACUGUCUCUGCCGACGACUCGGAGGCUGCUCCUGCUGGCCAGGGUGAGACUUCCGCGAACUUCACUGUGCCUUCUCAGACACAGACCCCGUCGAACGUCAGCGUCGAAAACUCGUCCGUCGGCUCUUCCCGCCGCGACAGCAGUGCGGGAAGCGAGGCUCCUAGCUCUACCGCCACCACCGUGGACAACGCCAGUGUGCGUCCCGUCAAUGCUGCCGAUAUCUUCGAGUGGACCUCCCAGAUCUGGACUGCUUUGUCCAAAGAGGUGGGCCGUACUUACAGUGCCAUCGAAUACACUGGACCUGCUGAUGCCAAGUCCGCCGUCUUCGUCUUCGGAUCUUCCGGUGUCUUCGCUGAUGCCCUGUCUCACCCCGAGGCUAACAGCGAGCUUGAGAACAUUGGUCUCAUCACUGCUCGCCUUUACCGCCCCUGGGUCGGUGGCCAGAUCGUGAAAUCUAUCCCGGCAUCAGUUGAGAAGAUUGCCGUCUUGGAGCAGGUCCGCAAGACCACUAAGUGGGGUCCUUCAUUCAUGGACCUGUUGUCCAGCGUGACUCCCUCCACUGUCCGUGGUCAAUCCCUCAAGGUCGUUGGAUACCGUCUUGGAUAUGUUGAGCCCUCCACUGCUGUCCAGGCCCUCCGUGGUAUUCUCCAGAACCUGCAGGCUUCCUCCCUGAUUCAGAACCUGGAGAUUGGUAGCUCCAAUGCUCCCACCGCCGAGGAGUCACUUGAGCAGCCCCACAUUGAGAAUGCUUACAUCAAGAUCCUCAACCAGCUCUUCGGUGAGCGUCUUUACAUUGCGAACCAGCUCGGUGCUGAGAACGCUGGUGUCUCGUCCACCAUCGCUGCCAGCCCUGAGUAUGGCUUUGGUUCUCUCCUUGCUCGCAAGGAGCACCGUGAGCGCUUCAUCCGUGAAGUUGAGGAGGCCUCCAAGUCUAGCACCUUUGCAACUGAUGUGCCUAAGGACUGGCUGUCCCGCUGGGCUCUGAUUGCCAAGGAGGCUGCCAAGGCUAACAAGAUCGCCCCCGAAGUCAUUUCUCGCCUUUCCAAUGACGGAUCUAAGCUGUCCCGUGAGCUGCUCCAGUCAAAAAGGCUGUUCUUCGAGGAGUCCCAGUGGUUGAUUGGCUCCGAUGCCUGGGCCUACGAUCUGGGUAACUCUGGUGUUCACCAGGUCCUCGCCUCUGGCGCCAAUGUCAACAUGUUGAUCAUUGAUUCGAAGCCCUACUCCGAGCGCACCGCUGCUGAUGCCACUCGCCGCAAGAAGGACAUUGGUCUUUAUGCUAUGAACUUUGGCAACGCCUAUGUUGCCUCGACUGCUGUGUACGGCUCUUACACACAGGUUCUUCAGGCUAUGGCCGAGGCCGAGCAGUACAAGGGUCCCUCCGUUGUUGUCGCCUACCUUCCCUACCACCAGGAAGACGAUUCAGCUCUUACUGUCCUCCAGGAGACCAAGAAAGCUAUUGAUCUUGGCUACUGGCCUCUGUAUCGCUGGAACCCCGCGAACGAGGGUACGAGCGAGCCUAAGUUCGCUCUGGACUCCGAGCGCAUCAAGCGCGAGUUGGAGGAAUUCCUUCGCCGUGAUAACCAGCUCACCCAAAUCAUGAACCGUCACCCGAAAUACUCACCUGUGCUUUCUGAAUCUUAUGGCACCGAGGUCCGCGCCCUGCAGAAGCGCAAGGCCAAGGACUCAUAUGAGAAGCUUUUGGACGGCCUUUUCGGUGCUCCUCUUACCAUUCUCUAUGCAUCGGACGGCGGUAACGCCCAGAACCUUGCCACUCGCCUUGGCAACCGUGGUCGCGCCAGAGGUCUAAAGACCAUGGUGAUGGCCAUGGAUGAGUACCCGUCCGACGACCUCCCUGCUGAAGAGAACGUUGUGUUCAUCUCCAGUGUUGCUGGUCAGGGUGAGUUCCCUGUUAACGGUCGUGGUCUUUGGGAGCACAUCAAGAACUCCGGUGAUCUGGAUCUGUCUUCCAUCAACUAUUCUGUCUUCGGUCUUGGUGACAGCCACUACUGGCCCCGCAAGGAGGACAAGAUUUAUUACAACAAGCCUGCCAAGGACCUUGAUGCCCGCAUUGCCUUCCUGGGUGGCCGUAAGCUGACCGAUAUUGGUCUCGGUGACGACCAGGAUCCCGAUGCAUACCAGACUGGUUACUCCGAGUGGGAGCCGCGUCUUUGGAAGUCUCUGGGUGUCGACAAGGUUGAGGGCUUGCCCGAGGAGCCCGCUCCGAUUACCAACGAGGACAUCAAGAUCCAAUCGAACUUCUUGCGUGGAACAAUCUUGGAGGGCCUUAGGGAUGAGUCCACUGGUGCCAUUUCUGCCAGCGACGCCCAGCUGACCAAGUUCCACGGUACUUACAUGCAAGACGACCGUGAUGUUCGUGACGAGCGCAAAGCCCAGGGUCUUGAGCCCGCUUAUAGCUUUAUGAUUCGUUGCCGUCUUCCUGGUGGUGUUGCUACUCCCAAGCAGUGGCUGCAGAUGGAUGCCAUCAGCAGCUCACAUGGUAAUGAGACCAUGAAGCUCACAACCCGUCAGACUUUCCAGUUCCACGGUGUCAUUAAACGCAAGCUUCGUGGCGCCAUGCAGGCUAUCAACGCGUCUCUGAUGGAUACUCUCGCUGCUUGCGGUGAUGUAAACCGUAACGUUAUGUGCAGUUCCCUCCCCGAGCUGUCUGACUUCCAUCGCGAGACCUGGGCUUUGUCCAAGAAGAUCAGUGAACAUCUUUUGCCUUCGACCACAGCCUACCACGAGAUUUGGCUGAAGGACGAGAAUGACAAGAAGGUUCAGGUUGCUGGUGAUGCCGUCGUCGACUUCGAGCCUCUCUAUGGUCCCACCUACUUGCCCCGCAAGUUCAAGAUCACCAUUGCCAUCCCUCCUCACAACGACACGGAUGUUUACGCCCAUGAUAUUGGCCUGAUUGCCAUCAAGGGUGCUGACGGCAAAUUGGAGGGCUUCAACGUUCUUGCUGGUGGUGGUAUGGGUACCACCCACAACAACAAGAAGACCUACCCCCAGACUGGUCGCAUGUUCGGCUUCUUCCCCAAGGAGACCGUUCACCUUGCUUGUGAGAAGAUCAUGCUCGUCCAGCGUGAUAACGGUGACCGCAAGAACCGUAAGCACGCUCGUCUCAAGUACACCAUUGAUGACAUGGGUGUCGAGGUCUUCAAGAGCAAGGUCGAGGCUCUUCUGCCUGAGGGCUUGAAGUUCACCGAGCCCCGUCCCUUCAAGUUCGACUCCAACGUCGACACCUUCGGCUGGUUGAAGGACGAGAAGGGGUUGAACCACUUCACUUUCUUCAUUGAGAACGGCCGUAUCGAGGACACCGCGGAGUUCGCCAUGCGCACUGGUCUCCGCGAGUUGGCUAAGCUCGGCAAGGGCGAGUUCCGUCUCACGGGUAACCAGCACUUGAUCAUCUCUAACGUCACUGACGAGGACCUGCCCCUGGUCAAGGAGCUCAUGGCCAAGUACAAACUUGACAACACCAACUUCUCUGGCUUGCGUCUUUCCUCCUCAGCCUGUGUCGCUUUCCCUACUUGCGGUCUCGCUAUGGCUGAGUCUGAGCGUUACCUGCCCGUCCUGAUCUCCAAGCUCGAGUCCACUCUCGAGGAGAACGGCCUCGGCCGUGACAGCAUUGUUAUGCGUAUGACCGGUUGCCCUAACGGCUGUGCCCGUCCCUGGUUGGCUGAGGUUGCUUUCGUCGGCAAGGCCUACGGCGCCUACAACAUGUACCUGGGCGGUGGCUACCACGGCCAGCGCCUGAACAAGCUCUACCGCUCUUCCAUCAAGGAAGACGAGAUUCUCGAAAUCAUGAAGGAUCUCCUCAAGCGUUAUGCCCAGGAGCGUAACACUGAUGGCGAGACGCCGGAGCGUUUCGGUGACUUCUGUAUUCGCGCCGGCAUCAUCAAGGCGACCACCAACGGAACAAACUUCCAUGAGGGUGUCGCGGAAGAGGAAGAGGAAGAAGAGGAGUAA